CUGUCAUGCUGUACCGGCACCGAUCACCGCCUUGUUCGCGCGAAAAUUCGAUUCAGCCGCAAGCUGGAAAAGAACUCUCUUCAUCGACCACGAGGAAAAAGUCUAGCUGUAUACGACGAGAAAAUUCUAAACGAAGUUCUGUCCAAACGUGACUGGCGGAUUAAAGAAGACCCGACCGAAGACUACGAGCUGCUUGUCGAAGGACUGAAACGCUGUGCCGAAUUUGCCUCAGUUUCUCAAGCAAGAAAACCGGAUCGCAUCUCCAUCACUACUAAGGAAUUGUUCGAAAAGAGAAGGAAACUGAAACUCGAUCCUACUGUAACACGUUCAACAUAG